CAUAUGUGACGUACAACUGUCAAAAAGUGAAAUUUGUUACAUUUUUUUGUAGAUAAUUUUCAAUUUCUUCUGUAGAUAAGGCAAAUGGAAAGUAGAUUACCCUCACAUUUUGCUCAUUGUUAAUAAAAUGUACAUAAAGUUGAAUGUCCUAUUCCUUUUCUUCGUAAAAUUAAGGCUAGUGUUUGCCUCAUAUCAUGUUAAACUAACCAGUGACAGCCCCACUGUACGUGGGGGCACGGUUCAUUUUGUCGCAAGGUUGUAUGAAGACGGCGCGCCUGCCAGUGGAAGGUUUAAAUACAUAUGGAGGGAUAAUAGCAUCUUAUCACACAGUGCCGUGCACGAGUCUGACUUUAACGUUGACAGAUGGAGUGUGACCUACCCGGCAAAUCACACAUACCCGCCUGGUCCGUAUGAGGUGCAAGUUACCGUGGAGAAGUUUUACGUAUUGUUUUACAUUGAGAAGACCUCACAACGUUUGAUGUUUGAACUUACCGAGCAAUUAAAUGGGAAGCUGUUGCUAAUCCAAGAUGGUAAAGUGCGUCACGGAAAAUUCGUCUCUAAUUCUUCACCAGUUGUACAUAAGGUUGUGUUGACGGAGUCGGACGAGGAGUAUAUAAACUCGACAGCUACAAGCAUUCUUACGUAUUGGUUUGUGGACUGUGUUUAUUACGGGUUUACUAACAACUUUACCUAUACAUUUCAAUAUCCCGAUAUUGAAAAGAAGCAUCAGAUUGAAGCAUUAGUUGUUGCCGGUUUCGAACCCAUUACAACUCCUGCACCUCCAACCACCACAACACCUGCUCCUAAUGUAACCCUUCCACCUACCACCCCUGCUCCUGCACAGACUAAUAUUUCCACAACUCUUCAACCGGCAAAGGUGAAACGAUCCGUCCUUAAUCUUCCUGUACCUAGUGCAUCAAAUGUUUCAUUCCCCUUUGUUUGUCAGAGUAACGGAAGUGUAGUCCCAGAUCAAAGUAAAACCUACGGAUUAUUCACGAGAAAAUUCAUGUCAAAAGCCCCAAUUUUCAAUGUCACCAUUACCGGAAAUUACUGGAUUUCGAAAGGUAAAGUGCUUGAUCUCAUCGUGAAGUGCCAGGGCUCUGCGCCGUUCCACUACUGCAGGCACAUAUUCGAAGGUGUCUACAACAUUACGGGGAACGAGACAUGUGAAGUGCCGCCUCCUGAUUCGUCGGAUCAGUGCAUGUUUUCGAUCAGACGCUACUUCCCCAAACAGCACAAAUACACCAUUGUCAUUGUGAUUUAUAAUGACGUCGGGAAAACUGUAUCUCCUGUUACAGUUACUGUUUACGAAGAGGCCAAGCAAGCUCAGCUUUCAGUGAUAGUAGUUCCUGUCGCCUCCAGCCUUGUUGCUGUCGUUCUAAUUGUGUUCGGCGUCGCGUAUUACGUACAAAAUCGCUCGAGGUUCAUAGUAGAAGUGGCCGAUUUUAACUUUGGCAAUCAAAGUAGCGAUCUUGAAUAUAAGACUUUUAGGGAACGACUGUACGACUCCAUAUCCAACGCAUUUCUAAGAGCGCCUACUCCCAGUUCGUCAGAGCCCACACUCUGGCCUCCCGGUCGCAAGUACGGAAGUUUAACGUAAAUUUCUCUCUACAAGGCUGUUAUGGUGUGAUUUAUCUUAGGUUAUUUUUUACUUAUGUCAUAAUUUUUGUGUGAAUACUCCCGUCGAUUAGUUAGUAGGAUGACAGUGCGAGGUGUGAUAAAUUUAAUUGAAAUUGUUGAUUAUUUGAGUAAGUUUUUAUUCUAUUUUAAUAUAUUACCAAUAUAUUUAUAUGAAUUGAUAUUUAAUUUACCAAAAUAUAUGAUAUGGUUUUA